AUGUCAAAACGCUUGGGCACGUUCCGGGUCUCCUACCUGGUGGCUCUGAGCUGCAUUGGCUCUUUUCUGUUUGCAUACGAUACGGGCAUCGUGGGAGGGGUGUUGACUCUAGAGAGUUUCCAGAGGGACAUGGGCUUUGACACGAAGAAGAAGUCCGACGUCAGCUCGAAUUCUGCCAGCUUGCUGCAAGCAGGAGAAAUGGCUCCCAAGGAGAUCCGUGGCCAGCUGGGAUCACUGUUCCAAGGGUGCUUUACGCUGGGGGUAUUCACGAGUUAUUGGAUUGACUAUGCCGUCUCCGAGCAUAUGCAGCCGUCCACGAAGCAGUGGCGAAUUCCCGUCGGUCUCCAGCUGCUUUUUGGUGGCAUGCUGGGGCUCGGAAUGCUUCUGACCAAGGAGAGUACGAGAUGGCUCGCCAAGGUUGGCCGUCAUGACGAGGCCCUCGAAGCCCUGAUUUGGGUUCGAGGUGGCGUCAAUACUCCGGAGGUUCAAGCAGAAAUGAAUGAAAUUCUGGCGGGCAUUGAGGAAGAGCAUAGGGUGACGGAGGGCCUGACAUGGAAGGAAUACCUCGUCCCCGCGAACAGAUGGCGCAUCCUUCUCGUUAUCACCCUCCAGAUCGGUGUCCAGCUGACUGGGAACACCUCUCUCGCUUACUUCUCGCCGCAAAUAUUUUCCGCCGUCGGUGCAGGCCAAGACUCCAUGCUUCUCAGCGGGUUCUUUGGUUUGUGCAAGGUCGUCGCCUGCUUCUUUUUCCUGAUCUUUCUCGUUGAAAGGAUCGGCCGCAAAGGUGCUCUGCUAAGCGGUGCCGCGUUGAUGGGUGCCCUGAUGCUCAUUGUGGCCAUUAUCACGAAGACUCACCCACCGGACGCAGACGCUGGCUUGACGCCCGCGGCCAGCGCGUCUAUUGCAAUGAUAUAUCUCGAAGCUAUGACUUAUAAUAUAUCAUGGGGACCCGUUCCGUGGCUCUACAUGAGUGAAAUCUUCCCAACACGCAUUCGUGAGGGUGGCAUAGCAGUGGGGACGGCGACCCAGUGGCUGUUCAAUUUUGUCUUUAGCCAGAUAACCCCUCAUGCAGUGGACAACCUGGGGUGGAAGACAUUCCUCAUGUUCUGCAUCUUUAACUGGGCGCUAGUUGUCUAUACCUGGUUCUUCAUCAAGGAGACAAAGGGAAAGUCCCUGGAGCAAAUGGAACUCAUUUUCAACCCCCAAGGCACGCGUAUUGGCAUCGAAGGGGCCUACCAAAAACGCCAUGGGCAACGUGAGAACGGCACUAUUGUCGAAAAUGAGAAGACGGUCGAGACUAAACAUUAA